AUGCUACAUACUUCCUUUGCAGUUGAGCAGACUAAUAGGGAGACCUUCAUGGAAUUCAUCUGGCUAAAAAGAGCAAUUAAAGCAGAGCCCAAACACCCUGAUGAAGUUCUGCCCCCGGUGACCUUCCCGCGGCGCCGGCUGCAGGACCGGCGGGAAGCUCCCGCUGCACGCGCCCCGAACAGCGGCAGCCCACAGCAAAUGCUUCAAACCAUUGCAGGGCAUGGAUGGAGGUCCUAUUCUAGUAAACCUGCUCAAAACUUACAUGUAGGCAAACCUGGAGCUGGCUUUAGCUUUGAACUUACUGAUGAACAGAAAGAGUUUCAAGCUACUGCUCGUAAAUUUGCUGUGGAGGAAAUUAUUCCUGUUGCUGCACAGUAUGACAAAACUGGAGAGUAUCCUGUUCCACUUAUAAAACGGGCUUGGGAGCUUGGUCUUAUGAAUUCACACAUACCAGAAAGCUGUGGUGGCCUUGGCCUUGGCAGUUUUGAAGCGUGCCUUAUUACAGAAGAGUUAGCUUAUGGAUGUACAGGGGUUCAAACUGCCAUUGAAGCAAACUCCCUAGGGCAAAUGCCAGUUAUCAUUGCAGGAAAUGAACAUCAGCAGAAAAAAUACUUAGGAAGAAUGACAGAGGAACCAAUGAUGUGUGCGUACUGUGUAACAGAGCCUGGAGCAGGCUCUGAUGUGGCUGGUAUAAAAACAAAGGCUGAGAAGAAAGGAGAUGAAUAUGUUAUUAACGGUCAGAAGAUGUGGAUCACAAAUGGGGGAAAAGCAAACUGGUAUUUUUUGCUAGCACGUACCAAUCCAGAUCCAAAAGCUCCUGCAAGCAAAGCCUUUACUGGAUUCAUUGUGGAAGCAGACAGCCCAGGGAUCCAAAUUGGAAGAAAGGAAAUGAAUAUGGGUCAACGCUGCUCAGAUACAAGAGGCAUUGUCUUUGAAGAUGUGAGAGUACCAAAAGAAAAUGUAUUGAUAGGUGAAGGAGCCGGCUUUAAAAUUGCAAUGGGAGCUUUUGAUAAGACCAGACCACCUGUAGCAGCUGGUGCUGUUGGAUUAGCAAAAAGAGCCCUCGAUGAAGCUACUAGAUACGCUUUGGAGAGAAAAACCUUUGGGAAACCAAUUGUUGAACAUCAAGCAGUGUCUUUCUUGCUUGCUGAAAUGGCAAUGAAAGUUGAACUCGCUAGGAUGGCUUACCAGAGAGCUGCAUGGGAAGUUGAUGCUGGUCGCAGGAAUACGUACUAUGCUUCCAUUGCGAAGGCAUUUGCUGGUGACAUUGCAAACCAAGUAGCUGCAGAUGCAGUACAGAUUUUUGGAGGAAAUGGAUUUAAUACUGAAUAUCCUGUAGAAAAACUAAUGAGGGAUGCUAAAAUCUACCAGAUUUAUGAGGGAACUGCUCAGAUUCAAAGGAUGAUCAUAGCUCGUGAACAUGUUGGCAAAUUUAAGGCUUAAAGAAAUGUAUAAAGUGUGUCUGGCGCUGCUGUAGUGUUCUCUGUUUAUAUGGAAAAAUAUUUUAGUGCGUUUCUCAAUAGAAUUAAAAAGGGAUGAAGGAAAAAAA